CCCAUUUACAACGUGUUCAGAGAGCUGUUUAGACGCCAGAGAACCACUAUCCAGGGGGAGAUGGCGAACCUUUACCACAUCACAAUCUACUUUGCGCACUUCGUGUUUCUUUUACCUUGUUCGAGAGCUGCAGUGGUCGCGCAGCCCUGUACACAGCCUCCGUUGGACAACGGUUUCCUUCACCCUGUUGAGCAGCAGCCGGGACGUCCAGGAAUGAUGAAUUACAGGUGCGACAAAGGGUUCAAACCCAUUACUGGCGGAUGGUGGGGUACCAUCACUUGUGAACAAGGAAAGUGGAACCACGAUCCUCUUUGCAUCGACAGCAGUGCCUGCACUCCUCCUCAGGUUUCCAAUGGUAGAAUUGGAGAUCGUCUUGGCAAGGAACACUAUAGGAAUGAAGAGUAUGUGCUCAUUAAUUGCAAUGAGGGCUAUGUACUACAAGGAAGCUAUGUACAGUGUCGCAAAGGAAAAUGGGAACCGUUGCCUGUCUGCCAACGCAACCCAAACUCAUGUUCAGCCCCUCCUGAACGACCCAAUGCUAUAAUAAAAGCGGAUUAUAAGGACAUUUUUAAUCACGGGGUUGGGGUGCAGUACCUAUGUAUGGAUAAAUACAAAAUGAACGGGCCUUCAUAUUCUGAUUGUUAUCAAGGAAAAUGGACCGAAGCUGGUGAAUGUGUGCCAGUCACACAAGAUGUCGGGGGAGGACAUAAUGAGGAAAGGAAUGCUCCAGAUAGAGAUGCAGGUGCUUCUCAGGGUGGAGGUGCAGGUCAACGGUGCCCUGAACCUCCUUCAAUACACCAUGGUGAUAUUGUUACUGUCAGCAGUGACAAAAAUACAGUAACAUACCAGUGUGCAAAUUACUAUAAGAUUAACGGUACUGCAAAGAUCACCUGCAGAAAUGGUCAUUGGAGUACAACACCAAGCUGUGAAGCAAACUAUUGCAAGGUGGAGGGCAAAGUAGAAUAUCUGAUGCCGUUAGCCUCUGCCAAGUUCAUCAAUGGAGGUGGAGAAGAGACAUUUCACUGUGAAGACAGAUCCAGCUAUUACUAUCGUACUGCUGUUGGAACUUGCGAGAAUGGACGCGUAACCUUCAGAGGAUGUGGCAGAUACUAUGCCUGGACAAUUUCAAGUGCAGAGUGAAUAGAAGAACACGAAGCAGUUGUUUUUUUAAUACUGAUGUUUUCCUGGUGUAUUUGUAUCUGACUAAAUAAUGUGUGAAAUAAAUAUACUGGUGCAAGUAUUUUUUUUGCCAGAACUACA